AUGGAAUCCCAAUAUCUCGAUAAUAUUAUUUUGGAGAGAGAAUAUGAACAUUUAAUUAGCCGUUUUAAUUUGACGUCGCGACGCAUGAUUUUUCGCUUUAGAGAAUACGAUGGAUUGCAGGACCCUCUUGAAUGGUUAACAGCAGGGAUUGAAUCUUUAAUUACACAUGGAAUGCGGGGAUUUGACGAGAAUGAUAGAGUUGGAAUGGUUUUUCACAACGCAGAGUUUCCGGAUAGGCCUUUAGCAAUUUCUUUGAGGAAAAGAAGCCAGCUGACGUCUACUGUCAUUCUCGAUACCCUGGGGAUUGUGCUGCAAAGCAAUUCCAGUUUUUUCACCAAUAAUGAACUAACUUUGUCCAUCGACAGGGUACAGAUCCCCGCAGGGCGUGGAAGAGUUUCUUUGAAAGGAGCAACAUUCGACGAGUUCUGCAGGAAAAAACACGGUAUCGUAAUUAUUAAUAAUGAUGAUAAUUAUUGUUUAGCUUAUGCUCUAGCGUUGGGUAUAGCUUAUCGUAGCGAUAUUACUGAUUUUAAAAAUCUUAAAUCAAAACCUAAUCUUUUAAAACAACGCGGUAGAGAAUUAUCUAGGGCUGCUAACGUGGAUCUCUCAAAUGGAGGGAGUCUUGAAGACGUUAAACGUUUUCAAGAUUUUUUAAAAGAAGAUUUUACGAUUGUUGUGUACAAUAAUAGAAGGGGUAGUGAAACAUAUUUUAAGGGAGAGCCCAAAGACACGCGUAAAACAAUAAAUUUAAUUUUAGAAAAUAACCAUUAUAAUCUGAUUUUAAGCCUAACUAGUGCCUUCAGCACUGGAUACUUUUGCGAAGGGUGCAAAAAACGUUAUAGUAAUAAAACAGGUCACUUUAAAUGUCCUUAUACAUGUCCACAUUGUCAUAGUUCUCCGCCCUGUAGGUCUGAUGUAGAAGAGAUAACGUGUGAAGAUUGUAAGCGGACAUUUAGAGGUAUUGCGUGUUUAAAUAUACAUAAGGAGAAACUUUGUUCAAAACUGCAUAGAUGUUUAAAAUGUUUAAAUAGUUACUGGACUAAGAAUAAGCAUAAAUGCGGCGACAAAUAUUGCCGUACGUGUUUAUGCUUUAAACCUAUUAGGCACGAUUGUUACAUGCAACCAAAUGUUAUAAGUGAUAAAACUAAAAAAUCGCUUGACAACGAUUUUUUGUUUGCCUUUUAUGACUUUGAAUGUAUGCAAGAAAAGGAAGUAUCCAGUAAUAUAUUUUUACAUGAACCAAACUUGUGUGUGGUUCAACAAGUAUGCUCCGAGUGUAUAUCGAAUGAAAAUAUAGACCUGGAUUGUAGCAAAUGUGGUAAGCGAAAACAUAUUUUUUCAGAAGACCCUGUUGAGUCACUUUUGAAUUAUCUACACGAAUUCGAAAAGAAAAAAUUUAAUGUUUUUGCUUUGGCACAUAACAUGAAAGGUUACGAUGGUUGUUUCAUAACGAAACAAAUUUUCAAACAUGUUAACAGAUGGAACCCGAAAAUCAUAAGAAAUGGCUGCAAAUUUGUUUCGAUUACAUGCAAUAAAAUUAAAUUUAUUGAUAGCCUGAAUUAUAUGCCCCUGCCAUUAAAUAAACUUCCAAGUGCAUUUAAAUUUGAUGAAGCCAAGGGAUACUUUCCGCACUUAUUUAAUAGAACGGAGAAUAGUAAUUAUGUAGGCCCCUUACCCGAUGCUUCUUUUUAUAUGCCAGAAUCAAUGACCUUAGAGGCGCGAGAUAAUUUUUUUGAAUGGUAUAAUGAGCAAAAAUCAAAUAAUGUAGUGUUUAAUUUUAAAAACGAAUUAAUUAAAUAUUGUAUUCUAGAUGUUGAUAUUUUACGGAAAUCGUGUAUUAAAUUUCGAGAAUGUUUUAUUGAAGCUACAAAUAUUGAUCCUUUUCAAGAAGCAACCACCAUAGCCAGCGUAUGCAAUAAGGUAUUUAGGAGAAACUUUCUACAGCCUAAUACCAUAGGCAUUAUUCCGACUAAUGGAUAUAGGCUGAAAGAUAAAUCUUCGCAAAUAUCGCUUAAGUGGUUGUACCUGCAAGAAUCUUUAUUUCCGGGUAUUAAACACGCGGGUAAUAGUCAGGAAAUCCGACUUAAAGAGGAUCUGUUAGUUGAUGGUUUUUGUGCGACUACUAACACGGUAUUCGAGUUUGAUGGCUGCUAUUUUCAUGGUUGUGAAAAAUGUUUUCCUCAGCAGACAACCUCUUUUAAAAAUUCCACACCCAAAAAUCAGCAAAUGUUUUUAAGACUCGAGGCAACCAAAGCCAAGCACGAAAGAAUUAAAAAAGCUGGGUAUAAUUUGGUAAAUAUUUGGGAGUGUGAAUUUCUAAAAAUGUUGAAAACUGAUGAAGGCAUUAGAACGCAUGUUAAUAAUAACUAUAUAAAAUACCUCCAGCCGCCAUUAAAUCCUCGGGAUAGCUUCUUCGGUGGUCGCACAAAUGCCGUGAAACUUCACCAUAAAAUAUCAAACACAGGUGAUGAAAAAAUCUGCUACUACGAUGUUUGUUCCUUAUAUCCUUAUAUAAAUAAGUACAAAAAAUAUCCCAUUGGUCGUCCUGAAAUUCAUAUCGGUGACGAAAAAUGCAGAAAAUUACCUCUGGAUACGGUAGAAGGUAUUAUUAACUGCUCAGUUCUUCCUCCUCGAUCUUUAUAUCAUCCUGUACUACCGUAUAAAUGUAACAAUAAACUUAUGUUCCCCUUAUGUAGAGCUUGUGUAGAGUCAUUGUACCAGGGAAAAUGUCUGCAUACAGAAGAGGAGCGUAAGUUUACUGGUACUUUCGUUGCCGAUGAAUUAAGAAAAGCGAUUUCAUUAAAUUAUAAAAUACUGGAAAUUUACGAGGUAUGGGAAUAUAAAGUCACUAAAUUCGACCGCAAAACUAAGUCUGGGGGCCUUUUCUCAAAAUAUGUCGAUACAUUUUUAAAAAUUAAGCAAGAGUGUAGUGGCUGGCCUAACUGGUGCACUACGGAGGAAUUGAAAGACGCUUAUAUUCAAGCAUAUUUUGACCAUGAGGGCAUUAAACUAGAUAAAGAAAAAAUAUGUUAUAAUCCGGGCAUGCGUUUUAUUGCAAAAUUAAUGUUAAAUAGUUUUUGGGGUAAAUUCGGGCAGCGAGAGAACUUGAUGCAAACAUCAGUAAUCACUGAACCCCAUGAACUAUUUGACAUGUUAACAGACCCUUCUGUUAUUGUUAAUAAUAUGAUAAUUGUUAGUGAUGAAAUGCUUCUUAUGUGCUGGACUAAGCAGGAAGAAGCCGUUUCACCAUUAUCAACUGUUAAUGUAGCAAUAGCAGCAUACACCACGGCUAUGGCGCGCUUGGAGCUUUACUCAUAUCUAGAAAAACUUGAUAGACGAGUACUUUACUUUGAUACAGAUAGUAUUAUAUUCACGCAUAAAGAGGGUGAGUGGAUGCCCGACGUAGGCGACUAUUUAGGUAUGUUAACAGACGAAGUAGCUGAAUACGGCCCUGGUAGUAAAAUUACGGAGUUUGUUAGCGGUGGGCCCAAAAAUUACGCUUAUAGAGUUUAUAUCGCGGAUAAAAAAGAAUAUAAGUCUAUAUGCAAAGUAAAGGGAAUUACUCUUAACUCAAAAAAUAGUGAAUCGGUGAAUUUUGAGACAUUAAAAGCCAUGGUGUGUGAUAAUGCUGAUCCUACAUAUGUCCACAACACCCGUAAAAUCUGUAUUACGGCUGAUUAUGACGUAAUAUCGCGAUCAGAGUCGAAAAUUUAUAGGAUUGGCUAUACAAAACGGCGGAGGAUAGAUAAUUACGAUACCGUUCCGUAUGGCUUCCUAGAAGAAGAACAAUCUGACUAUAAUCAUACCAUUGAUGAUGGCGAUAGAGAGAUGGACCUACAAGUUAAUGCAGAAGAAGAUAUUCCUUAUUUUAUGGACGGAUGGACGUUAUAA